AUGAUGCCGACGUUGCGGGACAGCACCAUGUCCCAUCCCGGCGAGAAUUCCCACCAAGUCCGGGUGAAAGCGUAUUAUAAAGGGGACAUCAUGAUCACUCAUUUUGAGCCGUCCAUCUCAUACGAGGGUCUGUACGGGGAGGUUAAGGACAUGUGCUCCAUGGACAACGACCAACUCUUCACCAUGAAGUGGAUCGACGAGGAAGGUGACCCCUGCACCGUGUCGUCUCAGCUGGAGUUGGAAGAAGCUCUGCGUCUCUACGAAGUCAACAAAGACUCGGAGCUCAUUAUCCAUGUGUUCCCAUGUAUACCAGAGAAACCUGGCAUGCCAUGUCCGGGAGAAGACAAGUCUAUAUAUCGGCGUGGAGCCCGGCGCUGGAGAAAGCUCUACUAUGCCAGUGGUCACGCCUUUCAGGCCAAGCGCUUUAACAGGCGAGCCCACUGUGCCAUCUGUACAGACCGGAUCUGGGGUCUGGGAAGACAAGGCUACAAAUGCAUCAACUGCAAACUGCUGGUGCACAAGAAGUGCCAUAAACUGGUCACAGUGGAGUGUGGCAGACCGAUGAUCCAGGAACCAAUCAUGCCCGGCCAACCAUCGAGUCAAUUAGACCAAACUGAACAGCCAGGCCCUCAGAAUAAAGACUCAAGAGAAAGCUUGACUUACGAUGGAGAAGAGAAAGAGGCGCGGAGCAGUAGAGACACAGGAAAAUCGCCUUCCAGCCUGGGCCUGGCAGACUUUGAUCUGCUGAGGGUGAUCGGCCGAGGCAGCUACGCCAAGGUGCUAUUGGUGCAGCUGAAGAAGACGGAGCGCAUCUAUGCCAUGAAGGUGGUGAAGAAGGAGCUGGUCAAUGACGAUGAGGACAUUGACUGGGUCCAAACAGAAAAGCAUGUUUUCGAGCAGGCCUCCAAUCAUCCCUUCCUGGUCGGCCUCCACUCCUGUUUUCAGACAGAAAGCAGACUUUUCUUUGUUAUUGAAUAUGUGAACGGUGGAGAUCUCAUGUUCCACAUGCAGAGACAAAGGAAACUCCCCGAAGAACACGCCAGAUUCUACUCGGCAGAGAUCAGUCUGGCGCUCAACUACCUCCACGAGCGGGGAAUCAUCUACAGAGAUCUGAAGCUGGACAACGUGCUGCUGGACUCUGAGGGACACAUCAAGCUUACAGACUACGGCAUGUGCAAGGAGGGCUUGAGACCCGGCGAUACAACAAGCACUUUCUGUGGUACCCCCAAUUACAUUGCCCCCGAAAUACUAAGAGGAGAGGAUUACGGAUUUAGUGUGGACUGGUGGGCGCUGGGCGUGCUGAUGUUCGAGAUGAUGGCGGGCCGGUCGCCCUUUGACAUCGUCGGGAGCUCUGACAACCCAGACCAGAACACAGAAGACUACCUCUUCCAAGUAAUAUUGGAAAAACAGAUCCGAAUCCCCCGCUCUUUGUCAGUCAAAGCUGCCAGCGUUCUCAAGGGAUUCCUCAACAAGGAUCCCAAGGAGCGUCUAGGCUGCCACCCUCAGACAGGCUUUGCCGACAUCAUGGGCCAUCCAUUCUUUCGAAACGUCGACUGGGACCUUCUGGAGCAGAAGCAGGUGGUCCCUCCUUUCAAGCCCAACAUCUCAGGGGAAUUCGGACUGGACAACUUUGACGCCCAGUUCACCAACGAGCCCAUCCAGCUCACGCCUGAUGAUGAUGAUGUGGUCAAGAAGAUCGACCAGUCUGAGUUUGAAGGAUUCGAGUACAUCAACCCACUCCUGAUGUCAGCGGAGGAGUGUGUGUGAGGGAACGCGACGUCUGUGCUCAUACACACCUCCCACACACACACACACACACACACACACACACACACACACACACACACACACACACACACAAUCAUGCACGUGUUACGUGGCGUCUCAGUGUCUUCAAGCUGCAUGGUUACGAGACAACCCGGCGACAUCAACCUUCUGUUCGAGGGCUGCACAUGCACAGCAGAACGCUUUUUUUUGCCAAAACCAGUCUCACACUCUGCCAUUUAUAACCACUUGCCCUUAAGCCUACCUUCUUUUUUAAUUAUUUUUAUAUCAUGUAAAUCUGCACUGAUAUCGAUUUUCUCAUUGGGGUCUCUUUAUCGGGAGCCAACGAGGCUACAGAGUCCUUAAAGGUUGCUGUACACAGGGGCAGGGGAUGAGGCACAGCCCCUGACAGAUUGACUGAACAUCCUCUCCUUCCAGCUGGUCGGGUGUUUUCAAUGCUUAUUUUAUUUGUAUAUAUAUGAAUCUACUAUAAAUGUUAGACAAGGCCUUUUCAGCUUCAAGCCACAGUCGGACAAAACUACUUUAUCAACAACUUUAUCAUAAAGUCAUUUUGGAUUUAGCUUUGUUGCAACACCCCGUCUGUAGAGGAAAGAAGAAUCAUAACACUAGCCUUUAAAAAAAAACAAAAAGAUAAAAAUAUAUAUAUUUUUUUUUUAAUUUAACAACAUGAUUAUAGAUGUUGUUCUAAUGUGUUACCAGUCCAGCCUGAGUAUCAGAACCUAAAAGGUUCAGGCUUUGUUGUUUAGAUGAAUACACAACAUCUGGAAAACAGAAGGUGUCUGCUUCAAGUCCCAUCUUCCCAGAAUGAAGGAACGUAUACAGCAGCAUCACACAACACUAAUAAUGAGUUAAUACUAUUAAACUGUGAAUGAAAGUGUUCGCUAUGCAGGGAAAUGGGCUGGAAGAGAAGCACAUCAUACCUGAACGCUGGAGCACAGGUUAAAUUUUGCUGUGCAGACCAUCCAUGAAAUAUACAUUUACACAGGACCAAAAAAAAAAUGUCUGGCUGGUAUGAAUUAAAAGGUACAGUAUACAUAAGGAAGAUGUGCUGUCCCAUUUAUAUAUUCAGAUUUUUUUUCUCCUGUUUAAUACUAUGCCUUUUCUGAAACGUCAUCUUUUUUUGGUACUUUCUCCAUUCCAUGUAUGUCUUUCAUUGUAAAUCAAAAUACGAAGUGAUUGUUAAAAUGAGAGCUCGUUCAGAAGUCCAAAGCCUCAACGCAGUACCUACUGUAAACUGUGUCUGCUGUGCUCCAUUUUUAUCGUAUCUAUCAUAACCUGAAUUAGAUAUUUUGUAAAACUGCUAAAAAGCAUAUAAAGUAAAGGCUCUGUAGAGCAGCUCUCUACCCACUGACUGUAACGACACUAAGUGACGGUGCAUGAACCUCCAGACUCUCAUCCAGUCAAAGCUUCUCUCUACUUGGAAAAUGUUUUUGGAUACCGUGGUGACCGGAGGAACUCAUUCAUCUGUUACACUUGUUACUUUAUCUUUUUUGUGAAUCCGAUUUUUAAUUUUGAAUCUUUUUUUUUUUUUUAUCACUACAUUGAUUCCAAAAUGUUACUGGGUGAACCCAAUGGGAACUUUAUUUGUUGUGUUUGGGAUGUUUACCACCCAGAGGACUCUGCUGACGUUUAUUAUUAGUGUGCGAGGAUAAAACACAGACAGUAAAAUAAACAUUUUAUUUCUCUUGUGGUAAUA